CAGGUUUCUUCCUUUUUUUUUUUAGGUUACAUUUUCUUUUGACCUACAGGUUGAAGUUCCUCAUUGAAUGAAGGGAUGGACAUCUGGACAGCAGAGAAAAUAAUUAUUCUUGGCUUUCUGUUGAAAGGUGUUUGGUGUAGAGAGUUCAGCAUCAGUCUGCCACAGAAGAUUGAAGCUCUCAGUGGAUCCUGUGUGAUCAUAAAGUGCAGAUUUGAGAUUCAGGAACAAUAUGACAAAAACCUCACUGAGAAUGCUGCUACUGGACUGUGGCUCAAAGAUGGAGAUAACACUGAUAAGCAUCUAGUGUUUAACUCCAAGGAUCCCAAACCUAAUCACUUAGAUGGGAAAAUAACUGGAAAGCUACAUAAGAAGAACUGCACCACUAUCUUCUAUAAUGUUAGUUCAAAGCACACUGGUAGAUAUUACUUCAGGAUUGAAAGUGGGGGUUUGAAAUAUGUCUACUCUGUAAAUACCUCCACUAUAAAUGUGUUAGACUCUCCCCCCAAACCCACAGUGCAGCUGUAUGUGGAGCAGAAGAAGGUACAGGAUCAGGAGGAGGUGUUGGAGGGGAGCUCUGUGAGUCUGCGGUGCUCUGCUGAGACUCUCUGCUCCUCUCCUCCACCAACUCUCACAUGGAGCUCCACUCCCAGAAUCCCCCUCAGUGAGAGCAGCAGACGAGAGGAGCUCAUCUCUGAUCUGAACUUCACUGCUACUCACCGUCAGCACAGAGUCACUUUCACCUGCACUAUAACCUACCAGCUACAGGACCAGAACAAAACAGCACAGGACAGCAUCACAGUACAUGUUCAGUAUUCGCCUAAAAAUACAUCAGCUUCAGUGAAUACCUCCAGCUCUGUGUUGGAGGGCAGUUCAGUGACUCUGACCUGCAGCAGUGAAGCAAACCCAGCAGUGAACUACACCUGGUCCAGAGAGAGUGAAGGACAGAUGGAGCAGCUGAAGACUGGAGAGACUCUUACCUUCGAUAAGAUCGACCUGGUACACAGAGGCUGGUACUACUGUACAGCUCAGAACCAACAUGGCACCCAAAACUCAUCAGUGAUGCUGGACAUUCAGUAUGCCGCCAACAUCUCUCCAUCCUCCAGCUGUACCAGGACUGAUGUAACUGUGUGUUUCUGUGAGGCUGAUGGGAAUCCCUCUCCUGAACUGGAGUGGCAUCUGUCUGGACGUCCUGUCACUAACUCUUUAAACACGUUCAUCAGUGAAGAGCAAUUGAGCAGCACAGGCUUGAGGAGCUCCAUCACUCUUCAUCAGUCUGUCACACACACAUCCACUCUGCAGUGUGUCAGCAGAAAUAUUCAUGGAAAUGCAAAUCAAUGGUUUCAACUGCCUCUCUCUGGUUUGCAGUUUGCAGAUUGUCAACAGGUUACAGUUUCAUUCUUGAUCAUAUUAUCCCUGAUUCUGGUUCUCUUCGCUCUGACUGUUGGACUUGCACUUUACAAAAUUAGACAAUUGUCCAGAAAGCUGAAGGCUCAGAAUGAGGCAGCAGGCACAUAUGCGUCUCUUCAGAUCUCUGCUCCACCCUCUGAAUAUGAGGCUUUGAACAUUAAGAGAAGGGACACAAUAAACAACAAAUAAACAUUUUAUCUCCUCCUUUGUUUUUCUUUGUCAGCUGUAUUUUUAAUUUUUAUAAUGUAUAUAUUUCCACAUGAAUGUCUUGACACGAGAUUUGACUUGUUUAUAAGAGUUUUCAUAUAUUUUCAUUUAUAUUCAUAAUCUAAUAAAAAAUAACUAACUGCACAUUGAUUCUUUCUGUUUUCAAGCUGUAUGCAUUACAAACAUUUUAUGUGCACAUGGACUAGUUAUUGGUCUAUUAUCAUUU